AUGAAUUCAAUACGACCGCCACUGAUCGAUGCGGCGCUGAGAUCCUGCAUACGGUCGCGUCCGUCUCCUGCAUUCCGCAACGCGCUCCAACGAAGAGCUCUCUCGAAUGGCGGCCGACCUCCGAGCGGCCCAAUGCGGCCAGGUGAUAUGGGAAAGAAUCAAAUCUGGGCCCCGAAGACGCGAAUCGCUGUUGGAAUUGUUUUCAUUGGAACAUUGAUCUAUUCCAUGGUGACUGGCGACAAGGGCUCUUCAUUACCACCUCUUCCGCCAGACUCAACGCCCCGGUCUGGGCAGCAGCUCGAUGGGCCGAGUAUCGCAGAGCGUGAUUCCCUGAGCAAGCGUGAGUCCGGUGUAACGCAGUCCUCACCAAUGCGCCUACGAAUGGAACAGUUUAUCCUGAAGAAGCAAGAAGAGAUUGUGCGAGCAUUGGAAGCGGUGGAUGGCAAACGCUUUGUUGCAGACAAGUGGGAUAGACCAAAUGGUGGUGGUGGUAUCUCGUGUGUCCUCCAGGACGGCAAUGUCUUUGAAAAAGCUGGAGUCAAUAUUUCAGUUGUCUAUGGCACCCUCCCUCGCGCCGCUAUCGCCAAGAUGCGCGUCAACCACAAAGCACUCGAUCCGGAUGUCGACAGCCUGGAGUUCUUCGCUGCCGGACUCUCGCUUGUGCUGCACCCUCAUAAUCCCAUGGCGCCUACCGUUCAUCUGAACUAUCGCUAUUUCGAAACCGCAAACUCGGACGGCUCGACGAAUGCAUGGUGGUUUGGUGGUGGAACCGACCUCACACCCUCGUACCUCUUUGACGAAGACGCCAUCCACUUCCACCGGACAGUCAAGGAUGCCUGCGACGCACACGACCGUGCCUACUAUCCACGAUUCAAGAAAUGGUGCGACGAGUACUUCUACAUCCCUCAUCGAGGCGAGAGCCGAGGCGUUGGCGGCAUGUUCUUCGACGACCUCGAUGAAACCGAGAAGGACGCCGAGUCGCUGUUCUCAUUCGUCCAGACGAGCCUGUCGGCGUUCUUGCCGUCAUAUCUCCCGAUUCUGCAACGCCGUAAAGACAUGCCAUACACCGACCGCGAAAAGCAAUGGCAACAGCUGAGACGAGGUCGAUAUGUGGAGUUCAACCUUGUGCACGAUCGCGGCACUGCUUUUGGACUCAACACGCCUGGUGCUCGUGUCGAGAGCAUUCUCAUGAGUUUGCCGCUGACCGCUCGGUGGCAAUACCAGCAUGAGCCGGAGAAGAGCAGCCGCGAGGAGCGUCUGAUGUCUGUUCUUAGAAAACCUGUAGAAUGGGUGUAG